ACUAUUUUUCAACACUUUUUAACUUUUCAGAUAACAUAAUCUGUAUAUAGAUUAAGAUUUCAGGGCUUUGGAGAUCUUUUUCUUUCUCUCUUAUUUUGUUUUUCUAUUUCUUUUGGUGGGGGGGAUUAUGUUAUUUUGUUUUCUUUAGAUAUUUAAUAUUUGUUGUACAGAACUUCAGAACAGUAAAUCAAGUAAUAAAUUAGCCUAAGAAUGAAAUUAGACCUAAAAGUAGUCAUGCUUUUUGAUGGUGUUGACCAAUAAGUAAAUAUCUAGUGAUAAGGGAAUUUGUAACAUCAACUAGAAUAAUCUGCAUUGAUAGAUUUUGAAUAAUAAGCACGUAAUUCCACUUCCUAGUAUGACUGAGAUUUAUGUCUCUCUUUUAGAUGAAAUUGUUGAUACUUUAGGUGAAGGAGCUUUUGGAAAAGUUGUGGAGUGCAUUGAUCAUAGAGCGGGAGGUAGACACGUGGCAGUGAAAAUAGUUAAAAAUGUGGAUAGAUACUGUGAAGCUGCUCGCUCAGAAAUCCAGGUUCUGGAACACUUAAAUGCAACGGAUCCCAGCAGUACUUUCCGCUGUGUCCAGAUGUUGGAGUGGUUUGAGCAUCAUGGUCACGUUUGCAUUGUGUUUGAACUGCUGGGGCUCAGUACUUAUGACUUCAUUAAGGAAAAUGGAUUUUUACCCUUCCGCCUAGAUCACAUCAGGAAAAUGGCUUAUCAGAUAUGCAAGUCUGUGAACUUUUUGCAUAGUAAUAAAUUGACUCACACAGACUUAAAGCCUGAAAACAUACUGUUUGUGCAGUCUGACUAUACAGAGGCGUAUAAUCCCAAAAUGAAGCGUGAUGAGCGCACCUUAAUAAACCCAGACAUCAAAGUUGUAGACUUUGGAAGUGCAACCUACGAUGACGAGCACCACAGCACGCUGGUGUCCACACGGCACUACAGAGCUCCUGAGGUGAUUUUAGCCUUAGGGUGGGCGCAGCCGUGCGACGUCUGGAGCAUAGGAUGCAUUCUCAUCGAGUACUACCUGGGGUUUACAGUGUUUCCUACACAUGAUAGUAAGGAGCACUUAGCAAUGAUGGAAAGGAUUCUUGGACCUCUCCCAAAACAUAUGAUACAGAAAACCAGGAAACGUAAAUAUUUCCAUCAUGAUCGCUUAGACUGGGAUGAGCACAGUUCUGCUGGCAGAUACGUCUCACGGCGCUGCAAGCCCCUGAAGGAAUUUAUGCUGUCUCAGGAUGCUGAACAUGAGCUUCUUUUUGAUCUCAUUCAGAAGAUGUUGGAGUAUGAUCCAGCGAAAAGAAUUACUCUCAAAGAGGCCUUAAAGCAUCCUUUCUUUUAUCCACUUAAAAAAAAUGUCUAGGGCCAAGGAGAUGGCUCAGUAGAAUAAGCACUUGCCUGGCAAGUGCAAGGGCCUGAGUUCAAUCCCUGGUUCCAGGAAAAAAAAAAAAAAAGUCUAAUUGUUCUCGUGCAGAGAUAAUGACAGACUGUAUCAGUCUAGUUUUAAAUACUAAGUUAUUUCAUACAGCUUUCUAAAUUUCCUACAUUUUUGUAUUGGCAAUGUUUAUGUUUGGAUAAUUAAGCACCUAGCUAAGUAAAGUAGGGAAUAUCUUUCAGCAAUUACAGGACGAUGUAUUGAGAAUAAACUUUGUGCUUAGGAAUAUUUGAGUCCAUACAAUAUACAUUUAUUUUGGGCAGUUUUCCUCUCACCUCUGAGGUUUGGGUGUGUUUAUUUGUGACAGGGUGGUCUCUCGUUCACAUUGGCCUUGAACUCUGAUCCAAGUUGAUCUUGAACUCGGAUUCUUGGUGGUCCACCUCAAGUCUGAAAUUGUAAGAGACUAAAAAUUGGGACCUAUGUCUGCCAUCUAGAGUUUCUGCAUGUAAAGCCAGGACCAGAGAUAUAACUCGGUGGCACAGCACUUGCCUGGCAAGCUCAGAGUCCUGAGUUCAGUUUCCAGUACCCCCCAAAAAAGCCAGGCUUGGUGCUACAAGCCAGCUUUUUAAAAGAAGAUCAUAAGUUCCACUCGCCCUGGCACCAAGUGUCACUGAGAUCCUAGAGAUUGUAGUACAAGGCCCUACUGACUAUGGAGGACCCCGGCAACCUCGCUAGCAUUUGUUGGGCUGCAGGAGGCCUGGUGAUGUCACAGCAGGGUUGGCUGCGUGGGUCGCCCCAGGUGUUGUGGCCAAGGAUGUGCCCUGGUCAUAUGUAGAACAAUGGUUUCUCCACUAAGAUGGUUAUGCAGCCCACCAGGUGUGGUGCUGUUCCUACACCAGCAUAUCAGGACAGGACAAAGUGCUACAGUUCCUUAUUUGCCUUGAAAUGAAACGGACUAAUAAGCCUCAGCUUGACAGGAACAGGCAGUCAUGUGGAGGGUCUGUGCUAGGGCAUCCAGUCAUGUCAUGCAGUGGGGCCUGGAGUCUCAGAGGGCGUGG